CGUCCUCUCUCUCUCUCUCUGAGAAUAGGAGAGAAAUGGAAGUAGUAGAACCUGUCCUUUCUAUCCCUCCAUAUUCCCAAACCCUAGAAUAGUAGAAUCCACUCUCAUAUAUGCAAACCCAUAAAUGCCCCUCCUCUCUUUCUCAUUUCACCCUUAAAAACCAGAGAAACAGAAUCACACUCUCAUUUCCGAGCAAACACACUUUCUCUCUCAUUUUCUCUCCGAUUCUUUGCUUCCAAACGCAAUCCAUCGUCCUUCCCUUCCUUCUCCUCCAAGUUCCAAUCGCAGCUUACUGCACUAUAUGCUUCCUAGAAAGAGACCCUGUGACGGAGAGGUUGUAGAAGCUGAGACUGACGACAAGAGUUUCCCCAAGAAGUAUCGGAUUGCCGCCGCCGCCGCUACCGGAACUGCCGGAGACUCUACUGUGAGCUUCAACAGCAGCACCGACGGAACCAACAGGAACGACAGCAGCGACAUGACUUUGGGCGAUUCCAAUCCGCCGGACAUUGAUGAGGAUUUGCAUAGCCGGCAGCUUGCCGUGUAUGGUCGCGAGACCAUGCGCAGGCUCUUCGGCUCCAGCGUGCUCAUCUCAGGGAUGCAAGGUCUUGGUGUCGAGAUAGCGAAGAAUCUCAUUCUUGCUGGAGUAAAAUCUGUGACCUUGCAUGAUGAGGGGACUGUAGAGUUAUGGGAUCUUUCUAGCAAUUUUGUGUUUACAGAGGAUGACAUUGGUAAGAACAGGGCAGUGGCUUCUGUCAGUAAGUUGCAGGAACUCAACACUGCAGUGGUUGUACUGAGCUUGACCACUGCUCUAACAAAGGAGCAACUUUCUAAUUUCCAAGCUGUUGUUUUUACUGAUAUCAGUCUUGAGAAAGCCUGCGAGUUCAAUGAUUACUGCCACAUUCAUCAACCUCCUAUCUCUUUUAUUAAAGCUGAAGUUAGAGGCCUUUUUGGCUCUGUGUUCUGUGAUUUUGGACCUGAGUUCACUGUUGUUGAUGUUGAUGGAGAGGACCCUCAUACUGGCAUAAUUGCAUCUAUCAGCAACGACAACCCUGCUCUAGUAUCCUGUGUUGAUGAUGAGAGGCUUGAGUUUCAGGAUGGAGAUUUUGUUGUAUUCUCUGAAGUUCAUGGUAUGAAAGAAUUGAGUGAUGGAAAGCCAAGGAAGAUUAAGAAUGCCAGAGCAUAUUCAUUUACUCUUGAAGAAGACACCACAAAUUAUGGUAUCUAUGAGAAAGGUGGCAUUGUUACACAGGUCAAACAACCAAAGGUAUUGAACUUUAAGCCACUCAGGGAAGCACUCAGUGAUCCAGGCGACUUUCUUCUGAGUGAUUUUUCCAAGUUUGAUCGCCCACCUCUCCUUCACUUUGCAUUCCAGGCUUUGGAUAAGUUCAUUUCUGAGUUAGGUCGUUUUCCUGUUGCUGGAGUGGAAGAUGAUGCUCAGAAGCUUAUAUCCAUUGCCAGUAACAUUAAUGACAACUCAGGCGAUGGGAAAUUAGAAGAUAUAAAUCCAAAGCUUUUGCGACACUUUUCCUUUGGUGCUAGGGCAGUAUUGAACCCUAUGGCUGCAAUGUUUGGUGGAAUUGUUGGACAAGAGGUUGUCAAAGCAUGCUCUGGAAAGUUUCAUCCACUUUUUCAAUUUUUCUACUUCGAUUCUGUGGAAUCACUUCCUUCAGAACCACUGGGACCUGAUGAUUUCAGACCAGUAAAUUGUCGUUAUGAUGCACAGAUUUCAGUUUUUGGAAAGAAGUUACAAAAGAAGUUAGAGGACUCUCAAGUGUUUGUUGUUGGAUCUGGUGCGUUGGGAUGUGAAUUUUUAAAAAAUCUUGCUCUUAUGGGAGUUUCUUGUGGAAGUCAGGGGAAGCUCACAGUUACUGAUGAUGAUGUGAUAGAGAAGAGUAACCUAAGUAGGCAGUUCCUCUUCCGUGAUUGGAAUAUUGGACAGGCCAAGUCCACAGUUGCUGCUUCAGCUGCUGCAUCUAUAAAUUCUCGAUUUAAUAUUGAAGCUCUACAAAAUCGCGUUAGCCCUGAAACUGAAAAUGUAUUUCAUGAUAGCUUCUGGGAAAAUUUGAGUGUUGUGAUCAAUGCACUAGACAAUGUGAAUGCAAGACUAUAUGUUGAUCAGAGAUGCUUGUAUUUCCAAAAGCCUCUUCUUGAGUCUGGAACUCUUGGAGCCAAAUGCAAUACCCAGAUGGUCAUUCCCCACCUGACAGAAAACUAUGGUGCGUCAAGAGAUCCUCCAGAGAAACAGGCUCCGAUGUGUACUGUGCACUCAUUUCCCCACAAUAUUGACCAUUGCUUGACAUGGGCGCGAUCAGAGUUUGAGGGGUUGCUUGAGAAAACUCCAGCUGAAGUGAAUACAUAUUUGUCUAACCCAAGUGAAUUUACUAAUACAGCGAGGAAUGCUGGUGAUGCUCAAGCAAGGGAUAACUUGGAGCGUGUUAUUGAGUGCCUGGACAGCGAAAAGUGUGAAACUUUUGAAGACUGUAUCACUUGGGCCCGGUUAAAGUAUGUCCCCUUGAUAACAAAUGCUUGUUUCUUUUGUUUUAAUAAUGUUGUGGGAGUGUGUUUGUAUUUCUGUUUCAUUCAUACACUUUUUUUCCACAGGUUCGAAGAUUAUUUUGCUAAUCGAGUAAAGCAGUUGAUAUAUACUUUCCCUGAAGAUUCUGCAACCAGUACUGGAGCUCCUUUCUGGUCUGCACCAAAAAGAUUCCCUCAACCACUGCAUUUCUCGUCUUCUGAUUCGGGUCAUCUAAAUUUUGUGAUGGCAGCUUCUAUUUUACGGGCUGAAACAUUUGGCAUCCUGAUUCCUGACUGGGUUAAGAACCCUAGGAAAAUGGCUGAAGCAGUUGAUAAGGUGAUAGUACCUGACUUUCAGCCUAAGAAAGGUGUGAAAAUAGAGACAGAUGAGAAGGCCACCAGUCUUUCCACAGCUUCUAUAGAUGAUGCAGCUGUUAUUAAUGAUCUAAUUGUCACUUUAGAGAGGUGCCGGACAAAACUGCCACCGAAGUUCAGAAUGAAACCGAUUCAGUUUGAGAAGGAUGAUGACACAAAUUACCAUAUGGAUGUGAUUGCUGGGCUUGCCAAUAUGAGAGCACGGAAUUACAGCAUUCCUGAGGUUGACAAGCUUAAAGCCAAGUUCAUAGCUGGACGGAUCAUUCCUGCAAUUGCAACCUCAACCGCCAUGGCCACUGGCCUUGUCUGCCUGGAGCUCUACAAAGCUGUGGAUGGGGGCCACAAAGUUGAAGACUACAGGAACACAUUUGCUAACUUAGCACUGCCUCUCUUUUCAAUGGCUGAGCCAGUUCCGCCGAAGGUUAUCAAGCAUAAAGAUAUGAGCUGGACAGUUUGGGACAGGUGGAUUCUGGAAGGCAAUCCUACCCUUAAGGAACUUCUGGAGUGGCUGAAAGCGAAAGGCUUACAUGCUUAUAGCAUUUCAUGUGGAAAUUGCAUGCUCUAUAAUAGCAUGUUCCCCAGGCACAAAGAGCGAAUUGACAAAAAAGUAGCAGAUCUUGCAAGGGAAGUAGCCAAGUUGGAAAUUCCUCCAUACCGUCGUCACUUGGAUGUUGUUGUGGCAUGUGAGGAUGAUGAUGAUAAUGACAUUGACAUACCUCAAGUAUCCAUCUAUUUCCGUUAGGUUGAUUCCAUCUCGUUGUUUGAGACUUAGGUAAAAGAGCGUGUUUUUUUUCAUGCUUCAUAUUCAUAAUGGGUCCACGGAGAAACAUCAUUGACUGUUUCACAGUUCAUAUAUGAAUUCAAAAACAACUUCCAGUCCUUGUGUUUGUUUUUAGGGUAUUCCUUCAACCUGAGAUGGUAGUUUUUAUGAUGGCAUGUUACUUGUA